AUCACACCUUCACUUAACCAUUUCUCCUCUUUUAGGUCUGCUGCUUCUUCCAUCGUAGUCGCCCCUCUUUCUUCCACUGAAUCGUGCCCGCUUCCUCUCUUCCUCUGUCACCAAUGGCUGUCACUUUCUCAGAUCUCCACACUGAAUCAGGCCUCAAGUCUCUUGAUGAGUUUCUGGCCCGAAAAUCUUACAUUUCUGGGGAUAAACUCUCAAAGGAUGACAUAAAGGUAUAUGCUGCCGUUUUGGGGAAGCCUGGAGAUGCCUUCCCCAACGCCAGCAAGUGGUACGACGGCGUAUCUUCACAUCUUGCCGCAAGCUUCCCUGGGAAAGCUGUUGGGGUAAGAAUUGGCGGCAAAGCUGCUGCCCCUGUUAAGGAGGCUGCUGCUGAUGGAGAUGAUGAUGAUUUGGAUCUUUUUGGUGAUGAAACGGAGGAAGAAAAGAAGGCAGCAGAAGAGAGGGAGGCAGCUAAAAAGCCCGCCAAGAAGAAAGAGAGUGGAAAAUCUUCUGUUCUUUUGGACGUGAAGCCUUGGGAUGAUGAGACUGAUAUGAAGAAGUUGGAGGAGGCAGUACGUAGUGUUGAGAUGCCCGGCCUCCUGUGGGGAGCGUCAAAACUGGUUCCAGUUGGUUAUGGCAUCAAGAAAUUGCAGAUCAUGCUCACCAUUGUGGAUGACCUUGUAUCUGUGGAUUCCCUCAUUGAGGAACAUCUGACAGUUGAGCCUUGCAACGAACAUGUUCAGAGCUGCGACAUUGUUGCCUUCAACAAAAUAUAAGAACAAAAGUUAAAGCUUAAUAUGGUUAUAUUCUACUGAUCUAGUGUUUAGCCAUUUUGGCAUCUUCAGUUUUUGUUUGUCAUUUUCUUUUUAAUUGUUCUCUUUUGUCAACAUUUUCCCUUGGUUCUGCCUAUGUUUUUUAGAUUGGUGAGAGUUGAAAAGAUUUAAUGCUUGUAAUA